UGCAAGUUGCAGUAUAUUUUCGACUGAUUGCUUUAUCUCGAAAUUUGAGAAGCAUGCCUCCUAAGCCAAGCGGAAAGGGACAGAAGAAGGCUGGCAAGGCCAAAGCUGCUCCCAGCACCAACAAGAAGAGGAAGCGCAAGAGAAAAGAGAGCUAUGGCAUCUACAUCUACAAGGUGAUGAAGCAGGUGCACCCAGACACCGGCAUCUCAAGCAAGGCCAUGAGCAUCAUGAACAGCUUCGUCAAUGACAUCUUCGAGCGCAUCGCUGGGGACGCCUCGCGCCUGGCCCACUACAACAAGAAGUCCACCCUCACUAGCCGUGAGGUGCAGACCGCUGUCCGUCUCCUCCUGCCCGGUGAGCUGGCCAAGCACGCCGUCAGCGAAGGGACCAAGGCCUUCACCAAGUACACCACCUCCAAAUAAGAAGUGUACCGAACACCUUCAAAUCUCCCGGCUCUUUCAAGAGCCACCAAAUAUUCAAAAAAAGAGAUUAGUUUCAUGUCUGUGCAAAUGCCUAGGAAAUAAAAGUGAUAAAAAUAAAAUUUUAAGGUUUUCGUUUAUUAAUUAAAAGCUUGACAAUCAUUGGGCUUUUUUUUUAACAAUUAACAUGACAUCCAAAAAUAUAGGGAGGGAGUGGGGGGAAAAAAGCAGCGGUACAUGUACACAAUUGCAAUACUGAGGCCCAAUUAAUUAAUACUGAGAUGUCGGGGACUGAUCUAGUUAGUUUCAGGAAACGCGCGGGGUUGAUCAUUAGCAGCAAGGGGUUGCAACCCCAAAAGAUCAACCACUGGAUGUAAUGAUGUCAAGUUUAUGUGCACUUUGUUAUAAUACAGGGGUGUGAAAUCUCAGCUUUAUGUUUUGGAUUUCAGCUUUUUCCC